CCCGCUGCGGCCGGGCGCGCAUGCGCGGAGGCCUCCAGGAGCUGUCCACAGGCACCAUGGAUGUGAGGUGGCCAUCCUGCCCCCGCCCCCUGCUGGGGAUCUGCACAUUCAUCUCCCUGGCCAUAGCUGCCCUCCUGGGGCACAUCCUGCUCCAUGAUUUCCCAGUGGUCCCCCAAGAUCUGGGUGGCUUCUCACAAGUACUGAAGGAGACUCACCAUGCUCGCCAGCAGGGAGCCAGUGGGCCGGGGCCCUGGCACGCCCAGGAGCACCCUGGCCAUCCCGGAGGAGUGCCCACACAGUGUGACAUCCCCCCCAACAGCCGCUUCGACUGUGCCCCAGACAAGGCCAUUACACAGGAGCAGUGUGAGGCCCGUGGCUGCUGCUACGCCCCUGUGAGGCAGGUGCAGAAGGACUCCCAGAUGGGCCAGCCCUGGUGCUUCUUCCCACCCAGCUACCCAAGUUACAAACUGGAGAACCUGAGCACCUCCGAGACGGGCUACGUGGCUACCCUGACCCGCGCCAGCACCACCUUCUUCCCAAAGGACAUCCUGACCUUACGGCUCGAUGUGCUGAUGGAGACUGAGAGUCGCCUCCACUUCACGAUCAAAGAUCCUGCUAACAGGCGCUAUGAGGUGCCCUUGGAGACCCCACAAGUCCGCAGCCGGGCGCCGUCCACUCUCUACAGUGUGGAGUUCUCCGAGGAGCCCUUUGGGGUGGUUGUUCGCCGGAGGUUGGACGGCCGGGUGCUGCUGAACACGACCGUGGCCCCCCUGUUCUUCGCUGACCAGUUCCUGCAGCUGUCUACCUCUCUGCCAUCCCAUUACAUCACAGGCCUUGCUGAGCACCUCAGCGCCCUGAUGCUGAGCACCAACUGGACCAAGAUCACUCUCUGGAAUCGGGACAUGGCACCCACGCCCAACGUGAACCUCUAUGGGUCCCACCCUUUCUACCUGGUGCUGGAGGAUGGUGGAUCAGCCCACGGGGUGUUCCUGCUGAACAGUAAUGCCAUGGAUGUGGUCCUGCAGCCAAGCCCGGCCCUCAGCUGGAGGUCAACCGGUGGGAUCCUAGAUUUCUACGUCUUCCUGGGCCCAGAACCCAAGAGCGUGGUGCGGCAGUACCUGGACAUUGUGGGGUACCCAUUCAUGCCUCCAUACUGGGGCCUGGGCUUCCACCUGUGCCGCUGGGGCUACUCCUCCACUGCCAUCCUCCGCCAGGUGGUGGACAACAUGACCAGGGCCCUUUUCCCCCUGGAUGUCCAGUGGAAUGACCUCGACUACAUGGACUCCAGGAGGGACUUCACGAUCAACAAGGAUGGCUUCAGGGACUUCCCGGCCAUGGUGCGGGAGCUCCACCAGGGCGGCCGGCGGUACGUGAUGCUCGUGGACCCUGCCAUCAGCAGUUCGGGCCCUGCCGGGAGCUACAGGCCCUAUGACGAGGGUCUGCGGCGGGGGGUUUUCAUCACCAAUGAGACUGGGCAGCCGCUGAUUGGGAAGGUGUGGCCUGGGUCCACUGCCUUCCCUGACUUCACCAACCCCGAGGCCCUUGACUGGUGGCAGGACAUGGUGGCUGAGUUCCAUGCCCAGGUGCCCUUUGACGGCAUGUGGAUUGACAUGAAUGAGCCUUCCAACUUCGUCAGGGGCUCUGAGGUCGGCUGCCCCAACAACGAACUGGAAAACCCACCCUAUGUUCCCGGGGUGGUGGGUGGCACCCUGCAGGCGGCCACCAUCUGUGUUUCCAGCCACCAGUUCCUCUCCUCACACUACAACCUACACAACCUCUAUGGCCUGACUGAAGCCAAUGCUUCCCACAGGGCCCUAGUGAAGGUUCGGGGGACGCGCCCCUUUGUGAUCUCCCGCUCAACCUUUGCUGGCCACGGCCAGUAUGCUGGCCACUGGACAGGGGACGUGUGGAGCAGCUGGGAGCAGCUUUCCUAUUCCGUGCCAGGCAUCCUGCAGUUUAACCUGCUGGGGGUGCCCCUGGUUGGGGCGGACAUCUGCGGCUUCCUGGGGAACACCUCGGAGGAGCUGUGCGUGCGCUGGACCCAGCUGGGGGCCUUCUACCCAUUCAUGCGGAACCACAACGACCUGCACAGCCUGCCACAGGAGCCGUACCGGUUCAGUGACACAGCCCAGCAGGCCAUGAGGAAAGCUUUUGCCCUGCGCUACGCGCUGCUCCCGCACCUCUACACGCUCUUCUACAGGGCCCACGUCAGCGGGGAGACUGUGGCCCGGCCCCUCUUCCUGGAGUUCCCUGAGGACCCACGCACCUGGACCGUGGAUCGCCAGCUCUUGUGGGGGGAGGCUGUCCUCAUCACGCCAGUGCUCGAGGCCGGGAAGACUGAAGUGACCGGCUACUUCCCCUCGGGCACAUGGUACAACCUGCAGACGGUGCCAAUAGAGGCCCUGGGCAGCCUCCCACCUCCACCUGCUGUGACCCUCACGCCUGCCAUCCACAGCAGAGGGCAGUGGGUGACACUGCCAGCCCCACUGGACACCAUCAAUGUCCACCUCCGGGCCGGGUACAUCGUCCCCCUGCAGGGUACCGGCCUCACAACCACGGAGUCCCGAAAGCAGCCCAUGGUGCUGAUUGUGGCCCUGACCACGAGCAGGGAGGCCCGAGGGCAGUUGUUCUGGGACGAUGGGGAGAGCCUGGGAGCACUGGAGCGCGGGGCCUACACGCAGGUCACCUUCCUGGCCAGGAACAACACCAUUGUCAAUGAGCUGGUACAUGUGACCAGGGAGGGGGCCGGCCUGCAGUUGAAGACGGUGACUGUCCUGGGGGUGGCCACGGCCCCCCAGCAGGUCCUCUCCAAUGGUGUCCCUGUCUCCAGCUUCACCUACAGCCCCGACACCAAGAUCCUGGACAUCCCCGUCUCGCUGCCGGUGGGAGAGCAGUUUCUCAUCAGUUGGUCUUGACCGGGGGUGGCAGCGUGUUGAUCUUCACAGAGGGAGACUGGUGUCCCAGCAGGCAAAGCCUGUGCCCACCUGCCCUGGCACUGUCACCAGGGCUCCCUCCUAUGGGUCAUGACACACAUGACCUUGAAUUCUCCUCCCCUUAUCCUGCAGUUGGGCAGUGCCCCUGAGGGUCGCUCUGUGCUCAGAAUGUUGCAGUGUAAGGUUUGCCUCCCCCAGCCUGUUGCUGGCAUGCAGAUAGCUGCCACCAGCUGUCUGAGAUGCCACAGAAGGUGGCACCCAGGAUGGGGAAUGUCGCAUGUGCCCCCAGGGUCAUGCCAUGCUGCCACCGCUGCUGACCAGAUAAGGGGACGCAGCUGGGUGCCCCCUGCAGGCUCCCCAGAAAGCAUCCACCAGUCCAAGUAUGAGCCCGGGAGCUCAGGAGAGUUGGCAGGACUCGGGGAGUUUCAUUUCCAGGGUGAUGACUUCUAAUAAAAGGCGUGUUUGGAAA